GCAUAACUCCCUGCUGGCUUGGUUGUCUGUCCGAGUGAUGGUGUUUUUGUUUUGUUUUGUUUUGUUUUCAGUUCAUAUAUGACAAAUCUUGCUCUCGUUACUUCACGCCACAACUCUCAGUUCUUUCAUUCAGAGCAUUGUCCCAGAAUUUAAUCGAGAAGAUCGGACCACAACAGAAGACUUCGGAACUUGUAACACUCUCCAGAGGGGCCUGUUUACCUGUCACUCCCAGCCCUCGGAUGGGUGGGCACAGAUGGAGAAGCCCCUGUGAUGAUUUACCGAGGAUAGAAACCACGUCCCUGGUCAGAACAUCACACCCUAAGGACGGACUGCCUUAAGUAAGCAGAAGAGAGAGCUGGUCGUGGGGACAGAGGUGCUCGCUGUGUGCAUGGAGUAGCAGCUGAAGGCUGGAAAACACCAGCGAGGAGGGGACCUGGAGUCAGUUACGCCAGGGAUGGAUAUGGUCUACAGCAGGUUGUGAACCAUGGCGGUGUGGAUUCAAGCUCAGCAGCUCCAGGGGGAAGCCCUUCAUCAGAUGCAAGCGUUAUAUGGUCAGCACUUCCCCAUUGAGGUGCGGCAUUAUUUAUCCCAGUGGAUUGAAAGCCAAGCUUGGGACUCAAUAGAUCUUGAUAAUCCACAGGAGAACAUUAAGGCCACCCAGCUCCUGGAGGGCCUGGUGCAAGAGCUGCAGAAGAAGGCGGAGCACCAGGUGGGGGAAGAUGGGUUUUUACUGAAGAUCAAGCUGGGCCACUACGCCAAGCAGCUCCAGAAUACAUAUGAUCGCUGCCCCAUGGAGCUGGUGCGCUGCAUCCGCCAUAUCUUGUACAAUGAACAGAGGCUGGUUCGAGAAGCCAACAAUGGGAGUUCUCCAGCUGGAAGUCUUGCUGAUGCCAUGUCCCAGAAACACCUGCAGAUCAACCAGACGUUUGAGGAGCUGCGGCUGGUCACGCAGGACACAGAGAAUGAGCUGAAGAAGCUGCAGCAGACGCAGGAGUACUUCAUCAUCCAGUACCAAGAGAGCCUGAGGAUCCAAGCCCAGUUUCCCCCGCUGGCCCAGCUGAACCCCCAGGAGCGGCUGAGCCGGGAGACGGCCCUGCAACAGAAGCAGGUGGCCCUGGAGGCCUGGCUGCAGCGCGAGGCACAGACGCUGCAGCAGUACCGCGUGGAGCUGGCCGAGAAGCACCAGAAGACCCUGCAGCUGCUGCGGAAGCAACAAACCAUCAUCCUGGACGAUGAGCUGAUCCAGUGGAAGCGGCGGCAGCAGCUGGCGGGGAACGGCGGGCCCCCCGAGGGCAGCCUGGACGUGCUGCAGUCCUGGUGUGAGAAGCUGGCCGAGAUCAUCUGGCAGAACCGGCAGCAGAUCCGCAGAGCCGAGCACCUGUGCCAGCAGCUGCCCAUCCCCGGCCCCGUGGAGGAGAUGCUAGCUGAGGUCAACGCCACCAUCACAGACAUCAUCUCAGCCCUGGUGACCAGCACAUUCAUCAUCGAGAAGCAGCCCCCUCAGGUCCUGAAGACCCAGACCAAGUUCGCAGCCACCGUGCGCCUGCUGGUGGGCGGGAAGCUGAACGUGCACAUGAACCCCCCGCAGGUGAAGGCGACCAUCAUCAGCGAGCAGCAGGCCAAGGCUCUGCUCAAGAACGAGAACACGCGCAAUGAUUACAGCGGCGAGAUCCUGAACAACUGCUGCGUCAUGGAGUAUCACCAGGCCACAGGCACCCUCAGCGCCCACUUCAGGAACAUGUCCCUGAAGCGAAUCAAGAGGUCUGACCGUCGCGGAGCAGAGUCGGUGACAGAAGAAAAAUUUACAAUCCUGUUUGAGUCACAGUUUAGUGUUGGUGGGAAUGAACUGGUCUUUCAAGUCAAGACCCUGUCCCUCCCAGUGGUGGUGAUUGUUCACGGCAGCCAGGACAACAAUGCGACGGCCACCGUCCUCUGGGACAAUGCGUUUGCAGAGCCUGGCAGGGUGCCAUUUGCCGUGCCUGACAAAGUGCUGUGGCCGCAGCUGUGUGAGGCGCUCAACAUGAAAUUCAAGGCCGAAGUGCAGAGCAACCGGGGCCUGACCAAGGAGAACCUCGUGUUCCUGGCGCAGAAACUGUUCCAUAACAGCAGCAGCCACCUCGAGGACUAUAACAACAUGUCCGUGUCCUGGUCCCAGUUCAACAGGGAGAAUUUACCAGGACGGAAUUACACCUUCUGGCAGUGGUUUGAUGGUGUGAUGGAAGUGUUAAAGAAACAUCUCAAGCCUCACUGGAAUGAUGGGGCUAUUUUGGGUUUUGUGAACAAGCAGCAGGCUCAUGACCUGCUCAUUAACAAGCCAGAUGGGACCUUCCUGCUGCGAUUCAGUGACUCGGAGAUUGGGGGCAUCACCAUUGCUUGGAAGUUUGACUCUCAGGAAAGAAUGUUUUGGAAUCUGAUGCCUUUUACCACCAGAGACUUUUCCAUUCGGUCCCUGGCUGACCGCUUAGGGGACUUGAGUUACCUUAUCUACGUGUUUCCCGAUCGGCCGAAGGAUGAAGUGUACUCCAAGUAUUACACACCAGUUCCAUGCGAGCCUGCCACUGCUAAAGCCGUUGACGGGUAUGUGAAGCCACAGAUCAAGCAGGUGGUCCCCGAGUUUGUGAACGCAUCCGCGGACGCCGGAGCCAGCGCCACCUACAUGGACCAGGCCCCCUCCCCAGCCGUGUGCGCCCCGACUCACUAUAACAUGUACCCACAGAACCCCGACUCUGUUCUUGACACGGAUGGAGAUUUUGAUCUGGAAGACACAAUGGACGUGGCGCGGCGGGUGGAAGAGCUCUUGGGCCGACCGAUGGACAGUCAGUGGGUCCCUCACGCACAGUCGUGACCCGACCUCGCCGCCUUCAGCUUCUCCGUCCUCGCCAGGGGAAUUACUCUGUGGAUGUUUUAAUUCCAUGAAUCGCUUCUCUUUGGAAACAAUACUCAUAAUGUGAAGUGUUAAUACUAGUUGUGACUUUAGUGUCUCUGUGCAUGGUGGCACCAGUGAAGGGAGUGUGUGUGCGUGUGUGCGUGUGUGCGUAUGCGUGUAAGUUUGCACGUCGUGGUGUUUCUCCCCCAGCUGUCGAGAGGUUAGCUGCAGAUUGACGCCACAGAUAGAGGCCAUGCUUGUUCUUGCCUUGUGUGAGAAGGCAGUUCGUUCUGUGAGCCCGGAACUUAGCUGUGUGUCCGAGGGGUGGCUGUGCGAGUCGGGCAGAGGCAGGAGGCAGCACCUCCUCCCUGCUAAGUCCGCCGCUCUGUCCGCCAAGCAGACAGAAACCAUGACUGCUUUUCUUCUGAAUAGGUAACUGCCUGUUGGCAAAGAAGGCUGGUUCUCCUCCUUCCUUGUCCCCAUCCCUGUGUUCUUGGGUUGGAAUGGGGAAAGGGGCAGCAGACCAAGGUUGCUGGGCACCGGAAGUCACAGAUGUUGGAUGGGUUUUCAAAUGGGUUAGCACAUAAUUUGUCUAAACGUUCUCUUUGUCCUUCCCUCCCUCCUCGCCCCCCUUCCCUUCCUCUCUCUGGAAUUGCCGCUCAGUUCUGUGUGUGCUCAUGUGGAGGCACAUUUGAGGAAGUCAGAGGAAAGAAAGGGUCAUGUAAGAGCCUGCCGUGCACUCUCCGUUGCGGAGGGAAUGCCUUCCCUGGCUCCCAGGCGCUGAGAGUGUUGCUUGUAACCCAGGGACACUGCCAUUCUGGUCUGUUCAUCCUUCCUCCGUGCUGCUGGAGACACCGUCUGGUCUGGGGUUUUCUUAAUGCUUAUUGACAAUGGCUUUUUGCAAAUGUCGAAUGGUGUUUUUGUUUCUAAAUCGGGUGUUUCUUGUUUUCCCUUCCCACCCUGACUUGACAUCAGAAUUCCCUCUUCCUGCAGCAGGACCUGGGUCAUUGGUACCCAGUCACCUCAUUUCUUUUCACUGUUGACACAUGAUGUCUUGAGGAAGAGGUGGCAGGGGUGUGGUCUGCACCUGGGGCCAGCUUGUCCAGCAGUGGUCACCCUGCUUUGGGGUGCGGUGUCAUGCAUAGCUGAUUUGGGGAAAUGCAGCCAGUGGGUUUGCUGGGAAGCUCGGUAAAGUAUAAAAACUAGGCCUCAGCACAACCCACCAUUCCUUCUGUAGCUUUACCAGAAGGGAGGAAUGGGCCAUGGCAGGUGGGGGGAGGCGUGCGCAGGUGUAGCUGACAGGUAGGGCCUCAAAGUCCCCCCUGGACCCCCUCUCCAGAGGAAGGGCAUGACCACACCCAGGAGAGGAUGGCCCUAAAAACCUUAUUUUUAUACAUUCAAGUAAAUAAACAUAUUUUUUUUACAAAAAUAACUUCUAAACUUAUCAGUGUUUUGCUGUUAAAGGAAAAGAUUCCUCUAUAGUAAAUUAUUUAUUGGAAGAUGACUUUUUUCAAAGCUGCUGUUUGCCUGGGCUUGGUUUCAUACACUGAUUUAUUUUUCUAGAAUUGCUGCCUCUGAGGAGCGGACUGGCCCUCCAGGAUAUGACUCUUGCCUAUCCCUUCAGAGUCGAUUAGAACUCCCACCACAAGGGGGCUUGUGGGGGAAGGUGGCAAGGAAAGCCUCAACACUCAGGGCCCCAGGCUUUCUGAGCCCUCCCCGGCCCUCGGACAUCACCAGCAUUGGGCCUCCUUGUUCCAGUGACAGUGGCAGGGGUGGGGCCCGACUUGCUUUCGGAUGGCUGGUGGACCCAGUGCCAGGGCCCACUGAGGGGAGAGCAGCCGGGCAGUCCCAGGCAGCCCCGGCUCAUGUUAGAGCUGGCAUGGGGACUGGGGGGAAGAGGGCCAACCAGUGCAGCUUCCCUGGUGCGGGGCUCCCAGGCCGAGCUGCCCUCGAGUUUACUGAGGCUGGGCCUAGGGAUGGGAGAGAUUCCAAAUGAAAGGCGCACGCGCUAUCUGCAUUGUAUUUUCUCUCUUCUCCCUGUCCUGCAAACCACAAGAGGAGGCCACAGCGAGUCUUGACCCCCUCGGCCUCUCACCCACUCCCAGACCCACCCACACAGGUCCUCAAAUGUCUCCGCUCAAUGUGUGGGAUGUGCAGGGUUUUGUAGGGGGGUGGGGGAGACUAAAAACGAAUAUAACUUAAAAGUAUACUUUUUAUAAUUUUUCUUUUUAAAACUUUGUGAAAUUCAAAUACAUAUUUUAGUGUCAAGGCAGAUUAGUAUACAGCCACCAAAAAAGUAUUGUGUACAAUUUGGGGCAGUCACAAAUUGUGUAUUUUAUGUUACAAUAAAGACUUCCUCUGAAAGGACA